AAAAAGAGAAACAAAAAAAAACAAACAAAAAAAUUCUUAAAUUCAUUCCUAUAGGAAUAACGACAGAAAAGUAUAAGACAUUUACGGGGAGGAAGAUACCAAAACUAAACCUUUUCCAGGAAAAAAGACCUGCUUACAGGAAAGUUCUCCAAAUAUAGCAAUGCUCAAUGAUUAUCAGAAAAAAAAGUGGGUAUGUUCCACUCUCCCAAACCAGUUCUGGUAAGUUGGGAUGGCAUGGACUGGGUCCUUGUGUCUUUGUCAAUUCCCAAAUCUCAAACCAUAGCCGUUCCUCUUUAGCAGGAGACCUUCAUGGGCCCCAAGUUAAUCAAGGACAGGGCUAAAAAAGAAAUCUAGAGCUCAUUAGGAACAGAAGAGGCUCCUUAUAUACAUAUUCUGAAAGCACAGUCAUAGUAUUUGAAACAGUCUAUUUAUAAGCUUUUCAUGGAUCUUUAAAUAUGAGAGGCACUUCAAAAAUUAGCUUGGCUUGUAAUUUCAGCAACAGAUAUUGUUUACCAAAUUACUGACACUGCACCAUUAGAUGAUCAAACUAGCAAUCAUUAGUGAGUGCAUAGUUAACCAUCCGUUUAACCAUUGGUUCUACCAGAGGGACACAGCGUGGUUUGAGACUACCCAGUGCUCGGCAGCCCACUGCAGUCACAGCAGAGGAAUCAAGCAUUAAAAUGCCUGGCAAUGCAAAACUUCUUCCCCAGCUUGUAUUACGAUAAAAGAGACUUAACCUUUCAUCGUGUUGUUGCAUGUAUUAAGAAAUAUGUGGGGUUUUCAAGUUAUUUUCUGCAGAACAAAUUCUUCCAGCAGCUCUAGAGCAACCUUCAACAAAUCUCUUCGUGCCUGGUGCUAAAUGCAGCACUGUUUCUCCAGCCCACGUGCACCCUUCCAGGGCUGUAUUCACCACGGCGGCAUACAAACACCGCAUCACUAUCAUUUAAAAACAGAUUUGCUGUUUAUUAGUGCAAUACACAGAUCCAGCUUUGGGAAAAGAAAUCCUCUUUCCUUAUCCACCUUAAACACCUGCUGCUGUGGCAAACGGAAGCCUCUUUAAUAUACAAUCAGCAUCAGCUAAACACAGCUAAUGAAAGGCUAUAAAGCGAGGGCCAGGCUGCGGCCCCAGCCAUAUGUCGCCACAUGUUCCGCACUUUAAUCGUUAUUACCGCUGAAGCUGCAGGGAGGGACCGAGCCCUCGCCGCAGGAUGCGGCUGCGGCGGAUGGAAGAGGCGUUGAGCCCACACGCCCCAAGACUCGGCAGCGCCGCUCGCCGACCGCCCGGGGCCGGAGGGCGAGCGGCCCCGCCGCGGCUCCACAGGUCGCGGGGCUCCCGGCUGCUGCGGCACCGCAGCCUGAGCGCGGGGGGGCCGCCCUCGCAGGGCCCCGCUUACCGAUGCGCCGCACGUAGUGCUUUGCAGGAAGUUUCCACGCUCCCCAGUUUAAUCCGCGCGAGGGGGGUUGGAGGGGAGCGCGGCUGAGCAGCGAUGGAAGGGGGCGGGCGGCGACGAGGAGGAGGCGGCGGCAGCGGCCGCGUUUAAUUUUUUAAUGAGGGCGGCUUGAGCAGCUCCCGCCGGGGUCGCAGCGCCGGGCGGCGAGGGGAAACGCGGCCGAGCCGCCCCCGCCGCCCGGGACCCCGCGCAGCCCCAGGGGCCGGAGCCGCGCCAGCCGUCGGGGCUCCCGCCUGGGCUUCGGCCAGCCGGCCCAGGAGCCGCGGGGAGCUCCGCCGUCCGCCACCAUGGGCAACGCGGAGGAGACGGGCAAAGAAGCAACAGAGGUGAAAAUCCCACAGAGUCACCAAGAUGUGAUGUCCAAUGAUGAGCAGUAAUUACUGCGGCAACACUUCAGCCAGCAUGAGUGUCAAUGAAAUGUCUGCCUUCCCUCUGACUUUGGAGCAAAAAACUGGUUUUGCCUUUGUGGGGAUUUUGUGUGUUUUCUUAGGACUUCUAAUUAUCAGAUGCUUCAAAAUCUUGCUAGACCCCUACAGCAGUAUGCCUUCUUCUACGUGGGAAGAUGAAGUUGAGGGGUUGGAUAAAGGGACAUUUGAAUAUGCUCUUGCAUGAAAACUCACAUGAUAUCCUGCCUUAAAUUUGAUGUUGAUUUCAUUUUGGAAACCAACUGUUAGUACAUUUGUUACACACGCAUACAUACAUUUUGGAGAUGUGUUGGUAUCUGUGGCAUUCAUUUUGUUAAAUAAAUGUUUGUUGCAAACUCAGAAGGCAUUUCACAUUGCUUUUCUUUGAGGAACAGUGGAAAGGAGGAUAUUAAAUGGUUAACAGCAAAGAAAUACUGCAUUGAACAAUUCACUAGAAAGUCAACACAGUAAAAAAGUAUUUUAACAAUCAAAUGUUAUCUGGCUUUUCAGAGGAGGAUCUCAUUUCUACUGUCUUAUGAUAAGCUGGAUAGAAAGGCAAUGGAUUAAAGGCAGGUCCCUGUAUAGUGAAUGCAUAAGUGGUCAUUCCCUCCUUCUCUUACACAAUUUUCUGAAACUCAGAUUGUGCUUGUAUACUGAGAAUACAGAAGAGGAGGACAACAGAUCGUUGUGGCUCAAAGAGGUGCUUGCAAAAAGCAGCCCAUUUGUGUGUGUCCAUGUUGCUGAGAUGAGAGGAACAUCAACUGCUAACUCAAUUCUUGCCUCUCAAGAAGAGAAUGUGCUGUACUAGUGACUGUUUGUAAGGAAACUGUACUUUGCUACUCCUGCAUGAAACAUUUAAGUGAUCUUCUGCAAACAAUGCAUACUUCUAUUUCU